AGACUUCAUCGAGCAGCACUACGUGACCCUGAAGAAAGCAAACCCAGAUUUCCCUAUCUUGAUCCGCGAGUGCUCCGGUGUCCAGCCCAAGCUCUGGGCUCGGUACGAGUUUGGCAAGGAGAAGAGCGUGCCGCUCAACAACCUUACUGUGGACGAAGUGGCCAAGGCCUUGGAGAGCGUUGUGAAAAGCAAGGUGUGA